UAACAAAUUCCAAUGUCUAUUACGCAACGUUUUAUUACGCAAUACGGUAUUACUAUCAAACUAAAAUCGUUUAAGAGUUAAUACGCUUCAUCACAACAAUACGACUCAUAAAUAAUGUCCGGAUAUUACAUAACAGUUUCAGCAAGCAAAACAGUCGGAGUCAAUUAUUGAAAAUUGUGCAACAAGAUGAAGACAAGACAGUGGAUAUUCCUGUUCGCAUUUUUUGUCACUGCUGUUAAAUCACAAGAAGAAGUUGAAGACAGUAGUCUGUUCCGCCUGGUAACAGACUCUGGUGAAAACGUUUCACCGGGUGAAAGAGGAUUAUUGCUCUACAAAGGUGGCACUGUGUGUUACGAUAAGUUUAGUGACCACUCAGCCAACGCUAUUUGCAGAGUUCUAGGGUAUUCUCGAGCAAGUAACUGGACGAGCGGGUACCACUUCAACCUGAUCCACCAACUCGGGUUGAUCAACCAACUCGGGUUUGAUAUAACUAUGUUCGAUGUGGAGUGUGGUGAUGAUGAUUGGGAGUCCUGCAGUUACUCUACCUCUGAAUUUUGUUAUCAUUACAGAGUGUUUCUUAGUUGUGCAGCAGAAGAACCAGUCGAUGCGAAUCUGUUCCGCCUGGUAACAAACUCUGGUGAAGCCGUUUCGCCGGGUGAGAGAGGAUUAUUACUCUACAAAGGUGGAACCGUCUGUAAGGAUAAGUUUAGUGACCACUCAGCCAACGCUAUCUGCAGACUUCUAGGAUACACCCGCGCUAUAAACUGGGAAAGUGGGUACCUUUGGUUAAAGGUUCAGACAGGACUGGACAUCACCCUGGAUGAUGUGGAGUGUAGUGAGGGUGAUUGGGGGUCUUGUUGGUUUACUACAUCUCACAACUGUUAUCACGACAAGGACGUUCACAUGAGCUGUUAUACUGCAGAAGAAGUUGAAGACAGUAGUCUGUUCCGCCUGGUAACAGACUCUGAUGAAGACGUUUCACCGGGUGAAAGAGGAUUAUUGCUCUACAAAGGUGGCACUGUGUGUAACGAUAAGUUUAGUGACCACUCAGCCAACGCUAUUUGCAGAGUUCUAGGGCAUUCUCGAGCAAGUAACUGGACGAGCGGCUACCACUACAACCUGAUCCACCAACUCGGGUUUGAUAUAACUCUAUUCGAUGUGGAGUGUGGUGAUGAUGAUUGGGAGUCCUGCAGUUACUCUACCUCUGAAUUUUGUUAUCAUUACAGAGAUGUGUUUCUUAGUUGUGCAGCAGAAGAACCAGUCGAUGCGAAUCUGUUCCGCCUGGUAACAAACUCUGGCGAAGCCGUUUCGCCGGGUGAGAGAGGAUUAUUACUCUACAAAGGUGGAACCGUCUGUAAGGAUAAGUUUAGUGACCACUCAGCCAACGCUAUCUGCAGACUUCUAGGAUACACCCGCGCUAUAAACUGGGAAAGUGGGUACCUUUGGUACAAGGUUCAGAUGGGACUGGAUAUCACCCUGGAUGAUGUGGAGUGUAGUGAGGGUGAUUGGGGGUCUUGUUGGUUUUCUACAUCUCAUAACUGUUAUCACGACAAGGACGUUCACAUGAGCUGUUAUACUGCAGCAGAAGAAGUUGAACAAGACCUGUUCCGUCUGGUCACAGAGUCUGGUGAAGACGUAGUAGAACAGGAAAGAGGACUGUUGCUCUACAAGAAUGGCACCGUCUGCCACGAUAGAUUUAAUGAAAAUUCAGCGAACGCUAUCUGCAAAGAAUUAGGGUAUUCCCGAUCAUUAAACUGGACCAGUGGAUAUCAUUAUAAUUUUAAUUUCCAGCUCGGAUUUAAUAUCACAUUGGAUGACGUGGAGUGUGGUGAUGAUGAUUGGGGACUGUGCAGUUACUCCACCUCUAACGACUGUUACCAUCUUAAGGACGUGUUUAUCAGUUGUACUUCAGAUGUAACAGCUGAAGAAGAUAGCAAUCCUUUCCGGCUGUUAAACGAGCUGGGAGAAGAAGCUUCUCCAGGUGAUUGGGGACUGCUGUUCUACAAUGGAGGCACGGUGUGUAAAGAUUAUUUCAGUGCUAAUUCAGCACACGCGAUCUGCAAGGAAAUGGGAUACGAUAGUGCAAUAAACUGGUCUAGUGGAUACUACUACGGGUUCGAUUAUCAGCGAGGGUUUAACAUCACGCUGGAUAACGUGGAGUGUAGUGAGGCUGACUGGGGGUCUUGUUGGUUUUCUACAUCUCACAACUGUUACCACGGUGACGAUGUGUUUAUGGCUUGUGAUCCUGCAGGUUCGACGUAGGAGUUAAGGUACGGAUAUAGGGACAGAAAGGAGGACCAAUAAGCUUCAAGGGAAACUUUAUAAUUAUUUUUGAGAAAUAAACUUAAUGACUUUUUUUAAAUCUAGUAGUUAUUGACGAUUAUGAGAGUUUUCGCAUGUCGGACGACAUAGUGAUUGUCCUUUAUUUCAAUAAUUUAUAUUAUUAUAAGAUAUUGCAAGAAAUACUUGCGGGAAGGAGAGCACAUUACAAAGUUGGGUUUCAUUAGUUAAUCCUGGAAGCUAUUUUGCUUCGGAGUAGACUAGCAUUCCAUCGAAUUUCUUUUUGGUAUUUGGCAAAAUAGUUUAAAUAUUUUAAGGUCAAAUAGUUUAAACAUUAUAAGAUAAAUUAUGCCAUAUUGACCCUAUAAUGACCAGGGUCUAUUAUACUUUAUUUAUUAAUUUC